AUGGCUGAACAGCAGAAGGAGCAUGCCGUGGAGUUGGACCACAGUCAGUUUUGCUGUGCAGUAUGUCUGGACCUGCUGAAAGAGCCAGUCACCAUCCACUGUGGACACAGUUACUGCACAAGCUGUAUUGAGGGAUGCUGGGACCAUGAGGAGGAAAGGGGAAAGUACAGCUGCCCUCAGUGCAGGGAGACCUUCAAUCCAAGGCCUGCUCUGCGGAGGAACAACAUGCUGGCUGAGGUUGUGGAGAAGCUGAAGAUGACGAGCACCCAGCAGGCUUCUCCCUCUGCUGCUCUGGCCUGUGCAGGUCCAGCAGAUGUUGCCUGUGAUUUCUGCUGUGGGACCAAACCUAAGAAAGCCACCAUGUCCUGCCUGACGUGCUUGGCGUCUUACUGUCCAGCUCACCUCCAGCCUCACUACACCGUUCCUGUGCUGAAGACGCACCAGCUGGUCUCGGCUACGAUCCCACUGCAGGACAAGAUGUGUACCAAGCACAACAAGCUGAUGGAGGCCUACUGUAAGACGGACAAGAGGUGCAUCUGCUAUCUGUGCACUAUAGAUGAACAUAAGUGCCACAGGAUCAUCUCAGCAACAGCAGAGAGGGCUACGGAACAGGAAAUGCUGAUUGUGAGACUAAAGAGAGUCCAGAAGAGAGAAAAGGAGAGAGAAAAGGAGCUGAAUGAGCUGAGUCGAGCUGUGAACCAUUUCAAGAGUUGUACCCAGACUACAGUGAAGUCCUGUGAUAAGAUCUUUGAUGAGCUGAUCUCCUCCAUAAAGAAAAGACGCAUUUUGAUGACGAUGCUAAUCAAAUUCCAGGAGAAGACUGCAGUGGCUCAGGCUGAAGAGCUGCAGCUGCAGCUCGAGGAGGAGGUCACCAAGCUGAAGAGGAGAGACGCCGACCUGGAGGAGCUUUCUCAUACAGACGACGACAUUCAUUUCAUUCAGACUUUCCAGUCUCUCUCCACCUCCUGUGAAUCUCCAGAUUUGCCAGCUGGAGCUGUUGUUCUUCCUCAACGUUCGAUCGGAGCUGUGACUGACCGCGUGUCUGAGCUGAGAGAAAACAUGGAGAAGCUCCUGAAGGACACAUGGCCUGUGAUCUCUGCCACAGUGGGUGCUGCAGAUGUUGUACUGCCGCCUGUGCCAAAGAAGAGAAAUGAGUUUUUACUCUAUUGCCGUCCUUUAACACUGGAUCAGAACUCAGUCUACAGAUACUUGUCCCUUUCACAAAAAAACAGGCGGGUGACUCGUGAACACUAUGAGAAAUAUUAUUCUGCUCACCCAGACAGGUUUACAAAUGUCACGCAGGUGUUGUGCAGAGAGGGAUUGUCAGAGCGAUGCUACUGGGAGGUCAGUUGGAGCGGUGGCACUUGGUCAGUGGCAGUGUCGUACAAAGACAUCAGCAGAACAUAUGAGUCCGAGUUUGGAAAGAACAACAAGUCAUGGAGUUUAGUGUGUUCACUAGGCUGUUAUGUUUUCCGACACAACACAAAAAUUGAGUUGGUGUCAGGCCCUAACUCCUCCAGGAUCGGAGUGUUCCUGGAUUAUAAAGCAGGUACUCUGUCUUUUUACAGCAUCUCUGACACGAUGACUCUGCUCCACACAGUCCACAACACGUUCACUCAGCCUCUCUAUCCUGGCCUCGGGCUGAAGAGUGCUGGAUCUAGUGCUGGACAUUAUGCAGAACUGACGAAGUUAUGGUGAUCAGAUUUAUAUUGAGGCGGGGGUUUUUGCUACAAGUGGCCCUCCAAUAUAACUGGAUACCAUGUGAUAGAUGAGAGGA